GCCAUGGUAACGCGAGGAUGCGGGGGAAGGCGGCGAGGCCCAGGCGCCAUGGAGCCCUCGGUGCGAGCGCUGGCUGCGCUGCUCUCCGCCCCAAAGGACCCCGAGGAGGACCCCGAGGAGGCCGAGGCCGGAGGGGGCCCCCGGGGCCCUCCGUGGGCAAGGCGCGCGGGGCCAGGAGACAUCGGGCCCUCGGAGGCAUCGCCGUCGAGGGCCCCCGGAACUUCGGAAGCGGAGCGGAGCCCUGGAGGCAGCAGAGAGAUCUGGAGCAGGGAGGAGGUGCCCGAGGGAUCCGAUUAUGAGGACGCCUGGGAUCCCCGGGAGCAGCCCCAAUACGAAAUCCUGUUCAAGCAGCAGGUGGGGCCAGAGGACAUGUUCCUGGGCCUGAGCCGGAAGGACCCCUCCACCGCUUGCUGUGAAGACAUGCUGAUUAAAAUCAAACUGCCAGACAUGAAGGCUUCAGACAUUACCCUUGAUAUCCAGGAAAAGGUUCUGGAUCUUCGCAGCCCUAAGAAGAAGCUUCUCCUGCACCUGCCGCACCCUGUGGACACAAAGAGAGGCAGGGCCUGCUUCCUGCAGGAAAAGGGGAUUCUGGAAGUCACGCUGAGGAUGAAGCGAGACUUCGAUUUCAUUAACUUUGCCUGAAAGGAAAGGAAGCAACCCAAGGACUACAAGGAGCUCCAAGGGCUUAUGGAGAUCUCCCCAUGUGGCAACUGAGGGGCUCGAGGUUCCAAUCCAGGAACCACAGAUUAUCGCAGUCUGGAGUGGGGGACCCUGGGGAUCCAGGGCAGUCUGUUAUCCUUCCCUCCCUCCUCUUCACUCUGCAGCUGAAAUAUUCCGGCAUGAACCUCCAGCCUCUUGAGAAGUUUCCUUAAACUCAUCUGCUGCUUUCACUGUGGCUUCAUGCCCCCUUCUCUCAGCAGCAGCACCAGGAGAAGAAGGGGCCAAGCCCUGUGCCCUGGAGCAGAGUGGGGAGGGAAGAAAGGGCCCUCACUGUCCAGCCCAGGACUGUCCUGUUUUGUCCCAAGAACUGCUGACCACUUGUUUCUCAAGAUUUAGUGCCUUUUGUAUGAAUAAUUAAAUGUUUUCUCCUCCUUUCCCUCA